GGUCAAGGUCAUAAUAUUUUAUUUUGUUUUCAAUAUUAAGCAAUUAUUCAUCAAUUUUAUUAUUGUACUGUAUGUAAUUAGUAAAUAUUUGUAAGCGUACAGUAACCUCUAUAAUUUUGCAGCUGACAGAUAACACAUCUUAGUAUUAUGUAAAUAAACAUUAAUUUGGAAGGUAUCAAACAGUGAUUCCUCCAUCAUGGAUCCCACUCCUGAAGCUUUACAAAGAAAGCUGUAUUUUUUACUGGAACAGCUGCAAGAUAUGGCACGUGAAUUACCUCCCAAAUACCAAAUGAGAGUACCAAUUGAAUUACUUUCUGGAUUAGCAAACUGCCUCCUUAAUGAAACAGUUUUUGAAAUAGUGAAAGGUCUUAUGGAAAUCCAGCAUGUAACAGAGAAACAUUUAUUCCAACAACGGCAACAAAUUAUCAACAAACACAAUAUGGAAAUUCAAACUAUGAUGAAUAAUACUCCUGCAGCAGAUCAGCAAAGUCUUCAGAAAGCAAUAUUAUUAUCAAGACAUAGGGAAGAGCUGAGACAAACUGAUAUGAAAUUAGUUCUCCAAUUAGACCAAAAAGUUAGUGACCAGCAAGUAACAUUAGAAAAGGCUGGUGUCCCAGGCUUUUUUGUAACCAAUAAGCCCAUAGAAGUUAAGGUACAAAUGUAUCUCCUUGAUUUUAUACUCAGACUAAGUAAUAUGGAAAUAUAGGAAAUAAAGAAAAUGUUAUUUA